UUAAUGUACUUUGCAUAACUCGAAUAGCCUGGAACAAACCACGAAAACCAACCAGACGUGGGUCUCUUUUUCUCACAGCGCGUGAGUGUCACAGUGACAGCGCGCGCACUUGUCUGUGGUCACCACAACUCCACGGAGCGGAGGAAAGAUAACACUCGACUCGCCUUUGCCCUGACCAAACACGCUCAGAGUAGUGCAUUUUUGCAUAUUACUUUGUCCGGGUGAUAAAACGUGUGGAAUGAUUUGGUUUGGACGUUCAGAAAUGACAGCAUGCCUGUGGAGAAACCUACAACUAAGGUGCGCGGCGGAAACACGCUUGUACACAGCUAAAGUUAAGAAGUCUCAGUGAAGGUCUACCGGAGCUGCUUCAUUCAAUCUGGCAGCUGUUUACUUUAAGGCUUUCAAUGAAAGUCUGAAGUAAGCUGGACCUAAGGGACAUGCUGGUGAAUGGGUAAAUCAAGAUUUACAGAGGGGUGUCUCCAUUGACCCUACAGUCACCUCCUCAAAGUGACCCCCAAAGAAUCUCAAAAGCUGAUACCAGGUUAUUUCUAUCCCCUCUUUCCAUUCAAAAAUAUAUCAUACAUUCAGGAGGAAUGGUCAGAUUGGCUCAUCCUCACACCUAUUGCAGGAGCCAUUGAGUGGCGGAGUGAAGUCCCACUGAGCAAUUAUCGGGAGCACAACUAUGUGUGUCCCUGAGGAUGUCCUUUCACACCGGUUGAUGGCACCAUGUCUUCACUCGUCUACAUUGUUCUUGAGCUCCUGAUUGCAGUUUUGGCCGUGGCGGGGAACGUUCUGGUGUGCUGGGCCGUCUGCCUUAAUAGUAACCUCCAGAGCAUCACCAACUUCUUUGUGGUGUCACUGGCUGUGGCGGACAUUGCUGUAGGACUCCUGGCCAUUCCGUUCGCGGUCACCAUCAGCACGGGCUUCUGCAGCCAUUUUCAUGGGUGCCUCUUCAUUGCCUGUUUCGUGCUGGUCCUCACACAGAGCUCCAUCUUCAGUUUGUUGGCCAUCGCCGUGGAUCGCUACAUCGCCAUCAAGAUCCCAUUGAGGUACAACAGCCUCGUCACAGGCCAAAGAGCCAAAGGCAUCAUUGCGGUAUGCUGGAUUCUUUCAGUGGUCAUCGGCUUGACCCCCAUGCUAGGCUGGAACAGACGGGUCGUCAUUGGAACCAACAGUACUUGUCCUCAAGGUAUGACAGAGUGCCUGUUCGAGAAGGUGGUCACUAUGGAUUACAUGGUUUACUUCAACUUUUUCGGUUGCGUCUUGAUUCCGCUUUUUGCCAUGCUGGCCAUCUAUGCAUGGAUCUUCAUGGCUGCCCGUCGCCAGCUCAGACAGAUGGAGCAGAAACUUGUACACUUGCAAGGCUACGCCCACAGGGAGGGAUCAUCUUCCCGGUCCAUGCUGCAAAGAGAAGUCCACGCAGCCAAAUCACUAGCAAUCAUCGUGGGCCUCUUUGCUGUUUGUUGGCUCCCUUUGCACAUCAUUAACUGCUUCACACUAUUCUGCCCACUGUGUGAUCGACCUCAGGCCUGGGUCAUGUACCUGGCCAUAAUCCUUUCACAUGCUAAUUCAGCAGUGAACCCGUUUAUAUACGCCUACCGAAUACGUGACUUCAGACACACCUUCCGAAGGAUCAUCCGACAGCACUUCCUGUGGCAUGAAAACAGACUGUCAAUAGGUAACAGAAACAGAGGCAUGGGUGCUUCUUCUGCUCCGAUUAGUGUGAUCGAGACUUCUUGUACAGUGUCCAAUGGCUAUGUAUUGGAUGCCAAUCCCAUUCCUGGCAUGGUUUCCUGUGACAAAUUUACAAAGCAAAUGCCAUCAAAAACCAGGCCUCAAACUGAAUUCCAAGACUUGGGAUACAGUUUAAAUGGAACUUUGGAAAAUUCCUUUCCCGCCAGUUCAACACAGGUUUUCUCAUUACAUACCAGGGAGGAAGUUCCCUCCAUCAGGGACCAUGUAGAAAUCAUGACUGUAAAAGACUGCAGUGCUAUUACUAAUGUACAUGUCAGAUGUCUGUUACCCAUAAGGACAAGCAACUCAUCCGAUCUUGCAGAAGUGUCAUGACACACACUUCCAUUAUGCUACAGGAGUUAUUCCUCUUAAAAUACCCGAAUGACGCUCGUUUCAUUCUUCAUGAAGUAAUCCCUGGUCUGAAUUGUUGUGCUAGUGAGGGUGACUUCACUUACAGUACUAUCAAGGGUUAGGAAAGAUAAAACUAUGUGAGGAUCACAUAACUCGUGUGGGAACCCGCACCAUACAAAUUCCAGGAAUUCCUACUUGUCUUUGCAGUCAAACACUCCUGAUGGUGUUUCCAGAUUUUCAGACUUCAUGAAGAACUUGUUCGCUGACAUUGUGUUUUCAAAACUUAUAUGUUUUCAAGGAGCUUUAUUAAAAGAGCAUUGUUUCCUGGUCAAAGAUUUGUACUACAAGAUUUUUUUAUAAAAAAAACUUUUGAUUUCAAAUGCAUAAAAAAACUCCAUUUUUAUUAGUAUGACAAUAAAAUGAUAAUAAUAAUAAUAUUUAUUAUGAAUAUUAUUAUUAUUAAUAAUAAAUAUAAAAUAAAAAAAUAUUGCUAAUAAUAUUUCACUGUAAAAUAAAAAAUAAUAUAUCGAAUAAUAGUAAAUGCAUGUUAUAAGUGACCAAAACUGGAGUUUGCUGCAUUUACUGUGAACCAAGUUGCUGAAAACACUGGGCUAUAUGAGCUGCUUGCCUGUAAAAGAACACAGCGCCAUUAUUCACAAUGAAACAUGUAGCAUAUAUAUAUUUAUAUCAAUAUAUGUAUUUAAAUCGCAGCCUUUGCAAUUUGAUAAUCACACUAAUUUAGUUUUUCAUCGUGCAGCCCUUUUAAAACAUGACCAAACUGAAUACUGUACUGAUUGUAAGCAUGUGUUAAUAUUUCAAGAAAUGUACUAAAUAAAACAAAGCUAUACCUAAUUUUGCACAAAUACAAUUUAUGAAUAGUCAUGUAUAAAAUCUAAUGUUUGAUAAGAAUCACAUGCGGACAUUAAUUAUCCAUUAAAUCAGUAUCAUUAAUCCAUAAACAGCUGGUUUAAGCCAUAAACUGUCUGUGGCCUUCUUGGUGCUCAAUAAAGUGGACUUUGAUUCUGAUUUUUAAUGAUCAAAUUUUCCAGAAGAAUACAAGUUUAAACAAAAAUGAAUCACAAAUGGUAUGUCAAAUGAGCAAUCGUGUGUUAUAGAUUUAUUUAGUCUAACACACCCACAUAAUGAUUAUAGGGAUCAUAAAAUUCUUGGAGGAUGUAGGACAGUGCUGUUUAAUCCCCACCUCUGACACGCACGCAUAUGAGCACAACCAUGGACCCAUACACAGACCAGCUAUGAUUGUAUUUACAGAGACACUGCUGACGCCAGCAGCCAGCCUAAUGCAAAGGAAAUCAAAUGAAGGAGCAUUUGAUGAUCCCUUAAACUGCACCAUUACACUUCCUUUUUCCUUAUUUAAAAGCUCUAGAGUGGGGAAAAAACCUGCACUAUAUACAUAAUACAUGUAUUUGACACAUGGUAGUCGCCAUUUCUGUAUGUGUAACUGUCCAUCUACAGAAAGCUAGUGUCUACAGUGACCAUUCAUAAAAAUGGAACAAGUGAGCUAGACUUUACAGAAUUGUUUAUUUUUUUAUGUCCUUGAUCAAUGUUGCAUCUAUAUUUGGCCUACGCUGAAGGAUCAGAUAGAUGGAUGUUUUAUCAUUAUUGUUAUGACAGCUAUACCCUUAUUAUAAUAAUUGCAACAAUGAAAAGGAAAAGGAAAGAAACAGAAACUCUUUCUUUUUUUGAAGGUGCAAUGUGUCCUUCAUAUGGUCAUAUCAGUUCAAAUCUGCUGGUUUGUUGAUUCUAGCUGAGAAAUGUCAGUAUGCUCAGCAGUGACAUACAUUGUUUGAUUUUGUGUUGAGAGCACCAUUUUUAAUGAGACAGAUGUUCUUCACAAUAAUACAUCUCCAGACUUACGCAGUCAUUUAUCUUCUUCCAUCAUGAAUGCUUGUAGCAUAAAUCGGUUCGGAGAGGAGCUAACAGCCUGUCAGCGUGUCACAUAGAUCAGCAGCAGCUGGCAGGUUCAUUCUGCUGCUAAAAUGUGGUUUGAAGACAUUGCUGAGAGUUACUGUGUAAUCACCAGGCAUGUCACCACCCAUUCCACUAUGUCACUGUUUGUGGAUUCGAUGCAGGUGAAGUUCUUCAGAGCGUCAGGUUCAAUACGAUGAGGGGAAUUUUAGGUCCCAGAAAGAGACUGUUGGUUUUGUUUACAUUUGCAUUUAAUCAAUAAGCAGAUACUUUUAUCCAAAGCAACUUACAAAUGAGGACAAUGGAAGCAAUCAAAAUCAACAAAAGAGCAAUGAUUAUGCAAGUGCUGUAACAAGUCUCAGUUACGCUAAUGCAGUAAACGUUGCAAGGUUUUUUGAAUCCUAUAAUAAAUCAAAAGAUAGAACAGGAAAAGAAUAGAGCAAACUAGCGUUUAGAGGCUUUUUUUUGUUGCUUUUGUUAAUUUUAUAAUAAAUAAAAAAGAAAACAGAAUUCAAAAAGAAGCUAUCGUGUUAGUUUCAAGACUUUAAAAGAAGUUUCAAGAGUUGGGCAGGUCAUUCCACCUGGAAGGAACAUUUAAUUUAAAAGUAAAUUUAUUUGAUAAACAAUUCCAUUUUCCUGUUAAAUUCUGACAUGUUUUUAAGGAAAAUAAUUUCAUUUCCAGAUAAUAUAUUGUAACAUAUCUGAUACAGAAUAACAGAGCUGGUAUAGUAUAUUUGGCAUGGGGAGGAUGUGUAAAGGA